GAUGAGGAUCGAUAUCUAGAAAAUGAAAGACAAUGCAGAGAGUUAGUGCAGCAGCCAAAUAAAGAAUUCUAUGGAGAAAGAACAUGGAUGACACAAAUAAGGUAUCAUUUGUCUGAUAAUAGUAAUGAUGAAGCCAAUGUAAUGAACAUCGACAAUGAAUAUCUAAUUGAUUCACUAGAGUGGACUGAUGACGAGUUAGAAUUUGAUAGUAAUAAUGAGAUCUAUAGUCUGGGUUAUGUCCAUAAUUUUUACCUGGGUCAUAACGAAUAUUGGUAG